AUGCUCAUGCUGACGUUUCUACUGGCAGCAUUGCCUGAUGCCAUAGUGUCAGCGCAAUCGCCACCGCUGCCGCCGACCGUCCUGGGCGGAACCGCCUGGUUGGACGGAGAGUUGGUCCCGCCCGGUACAUUGAUACAGGCAAUGCAGGGCAACACCGAACUGCAACGGAUUACGGUGAGGACCAACGGUCGGUUCGGCCCAUUGCAGGUGCGCCAACCGCCGGGUAACGGCCCGGUUUACUUCCUGGUAGGCGGCCACCGCGCCGACAACGAAAUGAACUGGCAGCCUGGUUUCUUGCAAGCCGGCCUGGAACUGCGCGCCGCUUCGACGGCGAGGCCGGUUCCGGCUGCGACCGCGGCGCCGCGGCCGGCCGCAACCGCCAGUCCCGCGCAACCCGUGUCGCCGACCGCGGUUACGGUAGCUGGGCCGCGAGGAGAGCGGGGCCCGGCGGGACCGGCCGGGCCCCAGGGCGCGACGGGACCGGCUGGCCCACCGGGAGAACCAGGCACGCCCGGUUUGCAAGGACCGCAAGGCGAGCGUGGAGCAGAGGGAGAGGAAGGCCCGCGGGGCCGUAAGGGAGAGACCAGCGGCUACGGCCUCUAUACCCUGGUUGCGGCCGCGGUCGCUGUAUUGCUCGCGUUAGCGGCCCUAAUAGUGGCGAUCGUGGCGUUGUCGCGUCGAAAUCGUUCCACGUCGGCUGCAUCGGCGCGACCUAACGACGAUACUCCGUAG